AUGUGGAUCUUGUGCAUAGCAUGGCAUGAUCGACAACUUACAGAAGAUGAAAAGAAGGCACGCAAGAAAGCCGAUCGUGAACGUAAACGUCAAGAGGCUCGAGAUGCAGCAGAGAAAAAGAAGCGUUUUGGUUUAACACCGGAAAAAAAACGAAAACUUCGUCUUUUGAUUAUGAAAAUGGCCACGGAAAAUCUUAAAGGUGAACAACAACGUCGUUUAGAAGCACGUAAAAAUUAUAUUGAACAACGUUUAAAACCACUUGAUGAUCUUCAUUCGAUGAGUGAUGCUCAACUUAAAUCACUUUGUCAAGAUCUUCAUAAUCAAAUAAAAACAAAUGAAGAAAGUCGUUAUGAUUUUGAAUUUAAAAUCCGGAAACAAGAUUAUGAUAUCAAUGAAUUAACAAUUAAAAUCAAUGAUAUUAAAGGUAAAUUCGUUAAACCAUCACUUAAAAAAGUCUCAAAAACUGAACAGAAGUUGAAUAAAAUUAAAAAACCAAAAGAAGAUGAACCUAAUUUUAUUAAUAUGGCUAACUUAAAACAAUCGACAAAUAAAUUUGCACUCAAAGAACAAAAAGAAGAAGAAAAUAUCAACUAUCGUGAUCAAGUUCAACUCAAAUCUGCUAAAGAACAUAAAGAAGAAGAAGCAUAA